CCGACGCCGGAUUCCAACUAGCUGCGCACCCCAGCUGAACCCAAACCAGAUCGGAAGAGAGAGAGAGGGAGGAGGCCAGGCGGCGGAGAGGAGAAGACGGCGUCGCAGGAGGAGGAUCGCCGCCGCCCGCAGCAACAAGAGGAAGAGGCAGCAUGGACUUCUUAGCGCUCCCCCGCCGCGACCUGCAGGCGCUGUGCAAGCGCAACGGCAUCCGCGCCAACAUGACCAACGCCGCCAUGGCCGAGGCCCUCGCCGCGCUCCCCACGUCGCAGAUCGAUGGGAUCGACGAGUACGUCAAGCAGCGGGUCGCCGUGCCUGAACCGGCGAUUAAGGUGGUGGCCGAGGAGGAGGAGCCGCGGCUGGAGAAGCAGGGGAGCCCGCUCCCCCGCGGCCGCCGCGUCACGGCAAAGUCAUCGGGCCCCAUCAAGCCGAACGACGCCAAGGAAGAGGAUGCGACUCGGGAGCCGAACAAGGAGGACGCGCCGGCGCUUGGCGUUGGGCACCGUGGUGCCAGCCGGCGUGCCCGGCCCGCGCCGGUCGUGCCUAAGCCGACGAGCAAGGCGUCAGCGGAAGAGGAGAAGCAGGGGAACCAGCUCGCAAGCGCCCGCCGCGUGGAGGACGGCGAGGCAGAGGAGGACCUGAAGCGUGAGGCGAACAUGGAGAACGCACCUGCCCCUAUCGUGGGGCGGCGGGGUGCAAGUCGCCGCGCUCGGCCCGCGCUGGCGGCCGAGUCAGCUGGUGCAGGGGCGGGAGAGGAGGACCUCAAGCAGGAGGCGAGUACGGAUGAUGCGCCGGCCCUUGGCAUGGGGCGGCGCGGUCCCAGCCGGCGCGCUCGGCCCACACCAGCUUUGGCUGUGCCCCCGGGCAAGGUAGUAGCGGAAGAGGAGCUGACUGCACUGAUCCCACGCGGCCGCCAUGCCAAGGCCAAGUCGACUGAGACAAUCAAGCCGAAUGACGGCGAGGAGGGUGAAAAGGAGGGUACGAAGCCGGAGAAGGAGCAGGAAGACGUGCCAGAACUAGGCGUGGGUCGUCGCGGUGCAAGCCGGCAUGCUCGGCGCGCCCCUGCUGCGGCUGCGCCGGCAGGCAAGGUAGCAGCGGAGGAGGAGCCGAGGGCCCCGAUCCCACGAGGCCACGGAGUCGAUGUCAAGUCGCCCGAGGUUAUCAGGCUUGACGACAGUGAGGAGGAGGAAAAGGAGGAUGCAAAGCCGGGGGAGAAGGAUGAAGGCGCGCCAGCAAUUGGCGUGGGUCGGCGUGGUGCCAGCCGUCGCGCUCCCGCCCCUGUAGAAGCUCCGGCUACGAGCAGAAGGGCUUCAACAUGUACAACUGAGGCAGGGGAUGUGGCUGUGGAGGCCAUGCCCAUCCGGGCCACUCGCCAGCGUAAGCCGACUAUGAAAGCAGCUGCCGCAGCAGAGGAGAAGGUGCCGCGGAAGGCAACAAGAAGGGCGGUAAAGAAGACAGUUUCCCAGCAGGAGAAACAAGAAAAAUCACAAGGUGUAGUCUCUGAUGCAGAGCCUGUGCCUGCACCAGUUUCUGAAGUGGAAUGUGAUAAUCCCGAAGACUCGGAAGAGGCUUCUGGUCCUCAGAACAGAGAGCGAAAGCAAGAAGAUGAAGACGUGGUGAUCAUUGAGGAUGAGAUACUGAUGGAAGAGACCCCGGCACAAGAGCUACUUGUGACCAAUCAUGAAUUCAUGGAUUAUUCAACUCUGCAAGAACAGCAAGUGGACGUUGAGAAGUGUCCUGCUCCCUUGGCCAGCCAGGAGGAUUCGCCAAUCCUGGGUCUCGUAACCGAACAGACAGCUGAGAAGGAUGAAGCUGCCAAUUUUCAGGAUAGUGAAGGAUCCAGUGAGGAGGCAUUGGACAAGAGGGUGUUUGAGGAGAUCCAUGAUGCCGGUGAAGAGAUGGAAAUGGUGUCCAUCAUCCAGGGGCUGCAGGCCGCACUCACAGAAGAACACAUUGAGGAAGUUGUUACCGAUGAUGCCAACCAUGAAAGUGAAAUGGGGAAUUUCAAUGAGGUACUGCAUGGGACAGAGGAAACCCGUGAGGUUAAUACAGAAGAUGAUCUUGUCAGUCAGCAGAAGGAAGGUAUAAAUAUUGAUGAGUUGCAGGCUGACUUGGCAGAUGGGUCUGUUCUUGUUGAUUGCUCAGGGAAUAUCAAUCUGUUUCCCGAAGAGGAGACCGAUAAUGUCAAUACUGAAGAUGGUCUUUGUUGUCAGGACAAGAGAGAUGUGGCUGUCGAUGCGACGCUGCCUGAUACGGUGGCUGAUGCCAUUCAUUCUGGUUGCUCAAGUGAUAUCAGCUGUGAUGAAGUGGAGAAGCCAGGAGACAUAACUAUUGAGAUGCCUGAGAGCCCAGUUGCAUUGGAUGAGGAUCCUGAGGAAACAAACUUCUACCCUGAUAAACUGAGUGACGUUGUGUCCCAAGUCACUAUGACUGACAGCGAAGUUGUUCAGGAGGAAAAGAUAGUAGUGACCACUGAAGAGAUGCCACAGAGCACAGCUGCAAUGCAUGAUGAUGUUGAGGAAGAUCAGUUCCAAACUGUUUUUGUUCAUGCUGGUCAAGUAGUUGCUACUGACAGUGUGCUGGAAGUGAAAAUGACAGAUUGUGAAGCUGAGGAGAAGGCAGCACUGAUCAUUGAUGAGCAGCAACAGAUCACAGUUAUAAUGGAUGAAGAUGCAGUCGAUAUUCAUUCCAAAACUGAUGUUGUCCAUGCCGAUGAACAAAAGGAAGUGGUAACUAUUGAAGAAGUGCCAGAACUCACAGGGAAAGACGUUGAAGUUGCCGAGGAGGAUAAGGCAGUUGUGAUCACUGAGGAGGUGCCACAGAGCACAGAUACAAUGGAUGAGAACAUCGAGGAAGAUCAGUUCCAACCUUUUUUUGUUCAUGCUGAUCAAGUAGUCACUUCUGACAGCAUACCGGAUUUGAAAAUAACAGAUUGUGAAGUUGUUGAGCAGGAGAAGACACCACUGAUCAUUGAUGAGAAGCAACAAAGCACAGUUACAACGGAUGAAGAUGUUGUUGGUGAUCAUUUCGAAACUGAUGCUGUCCAUGCCGAUGAACUGAAGGAAGUGGCAGCCACCGACGAAAUGCCACAACUCACAGGCACAGAAGAUGAAGUUCUCGUUGAGGAUAAGGUAGUUGUGAUCACUGAGGAGGUGCCACACAGCACUAGCACAAUGGAUGAGUGUAUUCAGAAAAUCCAUUUUGAAAUUGGUUUCGCUCAAGAUGAUAAACUGGAUAAUGCAGUUGUUACUGACAACAUAUCACAAGUCACUGGGACAGAUGGGGCUGCCAAGAAUACCUUCACCUGUGAUAUUCCACAAGAGCUAAACAUUGCAGAAGGAUCUAAUGAUCACAUUACCCAAGCAUUGAUUGACAAUGUCGCUGAGUCCAUCUGCAAGAACAUUAUCUCUGUUGAGACAUCAGUGUCUGUAUCCGAGGGCACAUCAGUGUGCAACAACAGCAGUGAAAGGAACACUGCUGAACCGGUGGCAAUGCAAGAAGAGAAGGGAGUCAAGGUGGUCAAGGAAUCUGUGGAUUUGAAUAAGUUCAGCCUAGGCCAGCUUAGAGCCAAGCUCAAGAAGAAGCUCAUCGGCAAGAAGAACAAAGAAGCAAAGAGGGUGGCCCUCGCCAGGGUGGACGAGAAUGUGUGUCGUUCCCACUCAGAGGUGCAGCAGCAGAACCUGAAUCUGCAACAGCAUUAACCUGGAGAAGAAGCUCUAAUAUAUCCCGUGUGCAUGCCAGAUAGUAUGAGGUUGUGGUGAAACUGUGGUUUCUCCGACCUUGGCAUCUAACUUUCAUGUGUCCAUGUUCUUUCAUGUGUUUGUUUGCUUGGAGAGAGGCAUGAGACGAUUCGGCUGUAUUUUGUCCAAGUCAGAUCGUAGGCUAGUACCCAGCUUUGAAGUGUUAGUGGUUUGCUGGUGUUGGUUGCAUGUCUUAUUUUGAACUCCUAUUACUGGUUGGGAAAACCUGCUAAUAUAUAUAUUUCUUA